GAAGACGAGUACACAUGCAGUGAUGCUGGAGCUUUUUACCUGAACAAUGAAGAUAAACCGAAAAAACUUGAGUACCUUACAUUCACGCCUGACAGCCUGAACCAUAUCGGCCGCUUGACAGCGGCAGAGGCACGAGACAAGUAUACCCAAACGGGUGAAAACUUCAACUUGGCUUUCAAGUUGGUGAAUAGCGACACAAAGUUGGUAAAAACAGUCCUUCAUAGCCAUGGCUUCACACAGUGCUCACGGAAGAAUCCAUUGUUCAACAUUCUUUGGUGUGGUUCUGCAAUGCGAGCAACUCUUAUGCGUAAUAUAAAACCAUGGCAGCGCCUCAAUCAGUUCCCAAAAUCGACUGAACUCACGCGAAAGGACAAACUUUAUGAUAAUAUAGCGCGAUCUGCUGGCCUAUUUGGCGAUGCAUUUGAUUUCAUUCCGGAAUUUUUUGUGACCCCUCGAGAUAUAUUGCUUUUGGAGAAGGCUGUAAAGCAAUCAACGGCAGAUUCCACAUUUAUUGUAAAGCCUGUGAGCUCUUCUCGAGGACAGGGCAUAUUCUUUGCGAGUACGUUAGAAGAAAUCCCAAAGGCCGAUACGUUGCUGGUUUCACGAUAUGUGGAGAAUCCUUUGUUGGUGUAUGGACAUAAAUUUGAUCUUCGGAUCUACGUUGCUGUCACUUCCUUCUAUCCUCUAAUUGUCUAUGUUUACUCGGAGGGACUAACCCGAGUAGCAUCAGAAAAGUACUGCAGUGAGCUAGAUUCCCGAGAUGCUUUUAUUCACCUCACCAAUUAUUCUAUCAACAAAAAUAAUUCGAAUUUUGUACGAAAUGAAAGUAUGGCCAGCGAGGACUUUGGACAUAAGUGGACUUUAGGCGCUCUGCUACGCCAUUUGGAAAAGGAUAGGAUUGAUUCCAAAAUGUUGAUGCUGCGGAUUGAGGAUAUAAUUAUAAAAAGUCUCCUUUCUGUACAAACACGUAUCACAUCAGCAUGUCGCACUUCAACUCCCUACGUGGGAACGAAUUUCGAGUUGUUUGGCUUUGACAUCCUUGUGGACGCAAAACUUAAACCUUGGCUACUCGAAGUCAAUCUUUCCCCAAGUCUGUCAUGCGACGCUCCUUUGGAUUCAUUAGUUAAGACCAGGCUUAUAUGUGACCUGUUCAACCUCGCAUGUGUACCUCUAGUGAAUCGUAAACUUGCGGGAAUCGAGCAAGUCCGUGCUAGUCGAGACGAGAGCUACGAUUCGGAGGAAAUGGAGUCGAUGACGGAAAAGAGUAAGAGACUCAUCAGCCCAACAAAACGUGUUCUUACUACUAAACGGCGACGUCCUAUGCGCAAUAACUUCAGCAUCGUGCCUGGAGGCAACGAUCCAAGAAUGCGUUCCAUAUGUCGUCGAGCUAGAGCAGAAAUGUCUCGACGCGGUGGUUUUGUCCGUAUUUUCCCACGCGAAUACAGUCUGCCAUUAUACAGAAGUGUUAUGGAACGUGUCGGGUCGGAGAAACGGGAUGAACGCUUAUACGUCAAAGAAUAUGGCUUCGAUGAGGACGUAGAAUCGGAGAGCGAGAAUGACCUACCUCAUUUCUACCAUGAAGUGAUGGUAAAAAGUGCAUUGUACCCAUCAUUGGAAUCGGUUCCUUCACGUUUGCGCGAUAUUCUAAGGGAAUGGCAUAGUUCUGCGAACGCAUAUACGCAGCGAAUAACGAAAGACGGGGAGACGUAUGCGGCUCGAUUACCAGUCGUCCGACCGUCAGCUCGUCUCCGGACCAAAAGCUGUUCUGAGUGGUAUGAGGUAAAGAAGGCUAUGGUAGCAGAAGCGAAAUUGAAACAGCAGCUACAGCAAGAGGCGCUUCGAUCGGAGGAGAAACGAGGGUGA